UUCAGUUAGUUAAUUUCUGUAGCCUGUAUUCAUUCUUUGCAGAAAGUAACAUACUGAAACAUAAAAGCAUGUAAAAAAGUAGAGCCUUGUGAACCUUUUCUAACAGAACCUGACAAGUGAAUUGAAUGUUAUCAAACUUAGCCCAGUUUAGAGCCACCCUUUUCCCGUCUAGUUUACCAUAGGCUUCCUCCAUCCUGCAACAGGCUCUGGGAUAUUGCCAUUUAAGAUAUUUCAGGCCACGCAAGAUAAGCAGUCAUUGUAGCAAGACUCAAUGGAGUGUUUUGGAUCCCAGUGCUGCUGAAUGACAAUGUGGACAGGCAGCCGAGUCUCUUAAAAAUCUUGGAUUGCCUCUGUGGACCACCAUUACAGAUUCAUGGACACCUAUGUGAUGCUGGUAAACCAGGUGCCGACUCUUGCCAAUCUGUAGGCCUCAGCUGAGCACUGACAAAUUCAUAGCCGGAAACCAGACAAGCUCACCCAUCUUAGCAAUGUUCAAGAAAACACACCUGAGAAGUAUUUGUCUCCACUACCAGCAGUAUCUUAUUCUGAAGAGACAUUUUCUCAGCUUUUUAAAUAAUGCAACUGGAAUAACCAUCUUCAUUCUUUGCUGCAUCAGUGCAUAUCUACCAGGAAUAGAAGCUGAAAGAAGAAGAACAUGGGAGGCAGUUAUAGCUGAUUUGCGUGAGAUUAAAAACACAUCUGAUAGCAUCGAUGCCUGUUUAUACACUGCAUAUACAGACAAGCCAGAUGAGUGCGAAGUACAAGUGAUGGAAUGCUUUUUGUUAGAGCUGAAAGUGAUUUCCCAUGAAUGUGAAAUCAGAAAAGGAUGUAAAAUCAAACAGUCUGUACGCAAUGUGCUGGCAAAUGUAAAGGCAAAUUUACCAAAUAAUACAAGUUUACCGACCAGUCCGAACAGGAAUAAAAUAACAUGCAAACAAUGUGAAGAGUACGAAGAAAGAAAUUUUAUUAAAUUUAUAGAGACUUUCGAAGAGUUUGCAAAACACAAGCUGAAAUUUUUACCGCACGUUCCUAAAUAGGCUCUCUUUUUUAAAGUGCUUAAGGGAAACUCCAUAAACUUUGCUGGCACUUCAAGCAAUAUAAUCAUUGGAUGGAUGGAGAGACAGAUGGUUUGGCUAUUUUAAAAACUUUGUAAGACAGAAAGGCAGAAAAAAAGCAAAGUAUAGCCAAGAAUAAUCUGAACUAUGAACUGCGCCACAGACUAUUUUGCCUUUUUAUUUUUAAUUUACUACUUCUUCUGGGAAGCUAUUAAAAUGUAAAAUUAUGUGUAAAUGUAAAUGUAAAAUUUUACUCUUGCAUCCGACGAAGUGGGUAUUCACCCAUGAAAGCUCAUGCUCCAAAACGUCUGUUAGUCUAUAAGGUGCCACAGGAUUCUUUGCUGCGUGUAUUUUAUAAACAUUUUAGAUAAAUAUUUGCUCUUUGCAUGUCUCAGUCAUUGACUACUAUUUAGAAAACAUAGUAACUUGUACUGCAAAUAUUUUAUUUUCCAGGAAAGCUUAACUUGUGCAAAUGAGAAUAUAUAUAUAUAUAUACAUAUAUAUAUAAAUAACUGACCAGGUAUGUGUUCGGAGUCCUCUUCUGUACCCAAUCCCCACAGGAUCAGAAUCUGUCUCAGUCCCUAACUACAGAAGCUGGCUUUUUAGCUCAGGCUAUACAGUCUCAUGCUUUCAUGUCUGGAGAGCCCUACUUCAGUUCCCUGCUGAGAGCCCACAUAGCAAUCACCACAUGUGUAAAGUUGUGGGAACCAGUAGCUCAUAUAGCUGUGACUGUAGUAAACAGGGUUCUGAUCCUGCAAGUUGCCCCAUGUGAACAGACCCCUGUGGCCAAGUAAUAUCUCACUGAUUUUAGUGGGGCUUUACAUAAUUACAGCACUCUGCUAUCAUAGAACAGCUUACAAAAUCAGGGCCUACGUGUGUGGAAACCAGAGUCUGGAUUAUCAGAAAAAUGCAGGACUGAAAGAGGCAGUUGUGCAGCUGUAAAUUCAAACUGUCUGAAUAACUUUCAUUGAUGAAGUGAAUAAAAUGGAUACACACAAUAAUGCAGUACAGUGAAAAUGCAGUGAUGGUAAAACAUUUUAGUAAUUCUUCUAACAAGAAACAGUCAUCCCCAUCAAAGAAUAGAAUGAAAAGAUGAAGGGGAAUUAAGUUACCAAAAACUGAUACUUAAUUUCACAAGCAUCUACCGUAGUCAAAUUUUAACGCACUAUUACAGACGUAGGCGAACUACAGCCCAUGGGACCAUCCUGCCUGGCCCCUGAGCUCCCGGCCAGGGAGCCUAAUCCCCGGCCCCACCCGCGCUGUCCCUCCUCCUCCACAGCCACGCCGCCACAUGGGCCGUGCUCUGGCCCACCACUCCCGCUGGGCAGCGUGGGGAGUGCAGCUGGCUCUGGCUGGGUGUUGCAGCUGUGAGCUCCUGCUGCUGGUAAGGGGGCGAGGAGUGCGGGGAGUGGUUGGGUAAGGGAGCAGGGA